AUGAGCCUCGAUAAGGAUGAUAAUAAAGUCGCAGACCACACGCCAAGUGCUGUGCAAACGAAAAAGCUUAUGGACAUUACAUUGGAGUUUCUUUCAACAUGCAGCAACGAAAAGUUGAUUUUGGUCAUCAUUUGUUUAAUGGGAGCUGUAUAUCUUCUUUUGGGGAGGCUUGGGCUACUUUUGAUUGGGGUAAUCCUGGGGGUCUUUCUCCAGGCAUCAUGGGAGGGUCACAACAACGAUAAUUCGUCCGAGUCGCAGAGAUCCAGCAGGAAGCAGCUCUCCUUGAACGUGGCUCAUAGACUGCUCAACUGGCAUAGCAACGAGUCAAAUAUCUCCGAAACUAAAGAGAAUAAUACUGGGGGAGGGAUAAUUGGCAGCGAGUUGAGUGUAGAGCUGGAUACCUCUACCUUUGGUCCCGCAACAACUGCUGCUCUAACAUCAUUAAUUGAUGCGGCUUUGAAAGAUUAUGUGAAUUACUGGUAUGAGCCGAUUCUUCCGUCGGAAUCAACAUUUCCCUUAUCCUGUCAGGCGACAUUAACCAGCUUUAUCACGUCCAUUUCAUCUCACUUAUCGCGUAAACGAACGGCGGAUACGUUUCUAGAAUUCCUCACUAAUUCAUCGUCCAUGGUUAUUGUAUUCCUAAACGAGUUAUCGGCCGCUUUCGAGGUUGCUGGCCCUCCUGUCUCAUCAGAGAGCGCCAUCUUGCGCUACUUGGAAUCGCACCCUGAGAGCAGUUUAGCGAAUAUCUUAGAAAAUCAGCAACAGCGCAAGAAACUUAUCAUGAUAUCAGAUGAUAUUCUUUCGCGCUUCCUUGACCCCAAGGUGUACAACUGUAUCCCACUGAGGAAUUUCCUUCGAGAGAUAUUGGCAGGCGUUGUCUUCGAAUCAACAAUUACUAGUCUGUCACGGCCUGAGUUUAUGAACAGCUGGAUUAUUUAUUUGUUUAGCGAAGGCGAAUCCGAAAUCAUGAGUGCUAUUGAUGCUGGAGUUGAAGGUGCCCAAAGUCAUGGCAUCACAGCAACUAAUCCAGAUGUUAACCCACCCACCUCAGCAUCUACAGGGAAUAAUAUAGCCGAGUCCACUCUACCGUCAAAAAUUUCGAGACAGGAGUCUAGUAAAUCGGACAAGGCAACAGAGGCCGCAAUGGUGGAAGCGAAACGUUUGAGCGACAUGAUUGCGGCCCAGGACCUACAAAGGUACUCUGAGCAACAAAGCAAUGCAACUCCCAAAAUAUACGAUGAAGACCGAACGACAUCGACUCCCAGCUCUGGUAUCACAGCUGAUGGGAAGGAAGCCUUACCCGAUCAUAACGCGGCGCGACAAACUAGCUCUUCUGAAGAGGCCGCGGAUAGCCAUGCGGCCAAUCCCAACGAGUCAAUCAAUUCACACCGGCCAAAUGAAUCGAUUUCGUCCUCAUCGAUUCAACCUCCAAUCUCCCCUUCAACAAAUCAUCCUUCAUCAGAAAAUGCAUCCACAUUACCCUCGUUCACACUUCACCGGGCUUCAAUAACCGUAGAUGAUGGCUCAGAUCUCGGGGAUAAAGCGCCCCUACGAUCAAAACCGACAUCGAGUUACUUACUUCAAGUUGAACCGUCGUCUGGGCGCAGCAGCGGGUGGAUGGUGUUCAAGAAGUAUACGGACUUUGAAUCCAUCCAUGACACAUUAGGAACAAUAUCAAGAUUAAACGAAAUCCGAAGCUUCUUAGACACCCACCCAGUCAUGCCUCCCUGGAAGGGUCAAACCAGACAAGCUUUGGCGCAGAAUCUGGAACGAUACCUUCAGGAUGCCCUUCAACAUGAACCGCUUGCUGAGAGCGUAACGAUGAGACGAUUCCUCGAGAAAGACGGACGGCUUGGCCCUGAUCCCUCAGAUUCAUCAACAAAGCCUGGGUUCUUCUUCCCAAGUCAAGCUGCGUUUGAGAAUGUCGGAAAGGGGGUUUUGGGUGUGUUUGCCAACGCGCCGAAGGGGGUCUCCGGGGGCGGAAAGGCUGUCAUUGAGGGAGUUACGGGGGUAUUUAGUGGUGGACUCAAUAAGAAAACGACGCCCAGCCCGGGAAUCACACAGAAGAAUAAUAAAGAUGGCUUUGCAUUAUCCCAAAAGAACGAUCUUCCACUCAAGGCUGAGAGCCCAAAAGGAAACAGAUCUUCACUAGAGCAGAACAGGGACACAGGGGACACUGUCCUGUCAUCUCAACCCAUGGAGUUAAACGGCACUCCUGGGCUUGAGACGCCAAGCUGUAUCACACCUUUAACCAACCCAUCCGAUACAUCAAUACGAGCGACACUUGGUAACGAACAGGCUAAUGUUGAGAAGGAUGGUCAUCGAACCUCGACUGAUUCCAUCUCAUUACACGAAAGCAAUGGCAUAUCUAGUUCAGAAAGUUUGUCCAGCAAGGGGGAGAAUCAGGACUCUCUCCCAGAACCCAAGAAGGAAGCAGAGACCGCUGGACGACCUGCUCCCAAGAACCAAAACAACCCAAUCACCACAGACGAAACCCAAAUGGCCGUGGAACUUAUUUUCGCAGUUAUCAACGAAUUAUACUGCCUGUCAUCCGCCUGGAAUAUUCGUCGAACCCUGUUGAAUGCGGCAAAAUCUUACAUACUUCGUCCAGGGAAUCCUAGUCUUGAAACAAUCCGUAAUCUACUACAAGAAUCCAUGAUAGACAGCAAUACCUCCGAUGAAGCGAUCGGGCUAUAUCUCGUCAAACUUCGCGAGAACGCCCUACCAACCGAAGAGGAACUCCGCUCCUGGCCCGCAGACACAACCGAUACAGAAAAGGAGCGUUUACGGGAAACCGCUCGUCGCGUUCUUGUCCAGAAGGGACUCCCACAGGCAAUAACAGGCGUCAUGGGCGCUGCCGCUAGUCGAGAAGCUCUGGGGAAGGUAUUUGAUAGCCUCCAGGUUGAUGUUAUUGCCCGGGGCUUUGUAUUUUCCAUCCUUUUGCAAGCCCUAAAGGCUAUAGUGCUAUAG